AUGGAAGGCGCGCAGGAGUCUCCUCAGGUAGAUCAGCAGUCUGAUUCGAAAGAGAACGUCACUCAACAACAACCGGAGCAAUCGCCAGAAGUAAUAACGCAUAAAGAUCAGCAGCAGUCGCAACAGGAACGGACUCAGAAACAAAAACCACAACAAAAACAAGAUCUUCAGCAACAGUAUUACUACCAGCGUCACCAGCAUCAACAGCAUCAACAGCCAUCGCGAACACAACCUGAGAAAAGUAUACCGUUGUCGUCUCAGUCUCCAGUGGGUCCUAUCCGCGCCUCUCUUCCACCUGGUUGGACUGAGCAUCGAGCUCCAAACGGGCUCUUUUACUAUUACAAUGCAGCAACGGGACAGAGCACUUGGGAGAGACCUAUUACUGUAUUUCCUCCACCUCCGCCAAUAUUAGGAGGACCCCCUAUGGGACCACCUCCAAUGGGACUCCUACCUCCAGGAUUCAAUCUUUCACCAUUUCAAUCAAUGUCUAGCGUCAUGCCUAUACCCGUACAGCAAUCUCAUUUACCUCCCGUUCAAGGCUUUGUUCAACCAGCAAAUCAGCAGGCCUAUGUCAGGAAGGACAAAAAAAAAGAGAAGAAGAAAGAAAAGGCUAGAGGAAAGAAUGUAUCUAUACGUCAGAUACCCGGUACAAGUUGGUAUAUCGUGUCUACUACAGAAGGAAAUGAGUUCUUUUACAAUUCAGAUACCAAGCAGUCUGUAUGGGAACCUCCUGAAGAAAUAAAAGAACCAUUGAAAAUCUUCAAGGAACAGGAAAGAUUGGCUGAGGAAGCUGAUAAGAAAAUAAGUGAAUCGGCCAACGCCAAAAGAAAAGUAGAUGAUAAUGGGGACAGAAGUGGUGAAGAAACGAAUAAAAGACACAGGAGCAGUGAUGAAGAAGGAUUUGAGGGUACAGAGUUGACAGAAGAUGAUAUUGCAUUUCAACUUCAAUUUGCAGAAGACCAGGAGCAAGAGCAACUGUCAAUGCUCAACGAAGGUGUAUAUAUACAAAAUGUCGGGAGUGGUAGCACUAGUGCAAAUAAUGAAAAUACAGCAAAUAUCCAGAAGAGUGAUAAUCAGCAGAACCUCAGGGAAGCUGAAUUAACAAACGAAGAGAGAUCAAUUCUGUUCAAGAGUUUGUUAAGGGAUAUGAAUGUAUCGCCAUUUGCUGUUUGGGAAAAGGAACUACCAAGGAUUAUACAUGAUCCGAGAUAUAUAUUGAUUGCAACUUUGAAGCAAAGGAAGGAAUUGUUUGACGAAUAUUGCAAAGAAAGAGUUGUUGAACUAAGAGAGGAAAAGAAGAACAAGGCCAAAAAUCAGCCGCCUAAGGAAGAGUAUGAGCUGCUGUUGAAGGAAGAAGUCACUCACCGAUCACAUUGGGAUGAAUUUAAGUGGAAAUUCAAACGAGAUCCAAGAUUCAAAAUUUUUUCUGACGAUAAGGCGAGGGAAAGGAUGUUUCGUGAUUAUGUAAAAGAAUUAAAAGCCAGAGAAUCCGAGCGUAGACGAGCUCAACAGAAAAAGGCAGAGGAAAAGUUUGUGGAGCUGUUGCGGGAGACGAGAGAAAUAAAAUCUGAUUCAAGCUGGCGGAAAAUCAAACGCUUAAUUGAUGAGGACCCUAGAUAUGAUGCCAUAGACUCUUCAAAGGAGGCCAGUCUGAGGGAACGAGAAGCAAAAGUGCGUAAAGAGAUGAGGCGUCGCAACAGAGAUAAGGAAUACGCUAUGAAAAACGCAAUGCGAGAAGAAGCUGUGCGUGCUUUCCAAACAUUGUUGAUAGAUUUAGUGAGGACGCAUGAGGCUAGGUGGGAGGAUAAGAGACCAGAUUUGGAGCGAGAUUCGAGAUUUCAUAGUGAAGCUCUUUCCCUUGAUGACAAGUUAAAACUCUACGACGAGCAUAUCAGCGAGCUUAAACUAAAGAGACUGAAACAAUUUCAUGAGCUUCUUGAUAAGCAUGUAAAAUUAGAUACAACAUGGAUCGAACUUUUGCCGAUUGUUAAAGAUGAUCCGCGAGCAGUAAGACUCUCCAAAAAUGAAUCAGUGCUAGAAGAGUACUUUGAUGCCUAUUUAGAGGCAAAAGUUAAAAAAGCGAAAGAAGAAUCUGAAGAAUUGUUGAAGGGAAAAUAA